AUGGCGGAAGAAGAGCAUUUUGAUGCAUCUGCAUCUGCAUCAGCAUCCGCAUCCGAGCCGGUUGGAUAUCCAGGAGGGCCGUCUGAUACAUCUCUAUUAGUUAAAUACGAACAGCAUAUUGCAAACCGUAUAUGGUUCGGUCAGGAGAGAGGGUCGAAAAAAGAGUUAAAGGUAGCGGGGCAUGGAUUGAAGUUGAUGCAGAGGGUUCCACUACAGCUACCCAGAGAGAUGGAGGGCUGGAUAUCUAGGUCUGGUCUAGCUUCACUUCAGAGAACUAGUUUAACAAAGAUAGACACAAACCUAGUUUCAGCAUUUGUAGAGAGAUGGCAUCUAGAGACAUCUUCAUUUCACAUGCCGUUUGGUGAGAUGACGAUUACUCUAGAUGACGUUUCUUGUCUGCUUCACUUGCCCAUCAGGGGAGUCUUCUGGAGUCCUCAAGAUAUUAGUGAAGCACUUGCUGUUGAGUGGGCUGUUUAG